AUGGCCUCCCCGCCGCCGUCAUCUCAGUUACCACCACCACCACCAGCAUCUCAAUCUCACUUCGCCAAGUUCGACAACUUCACCCCUGACGACCACGCGCCCUUCGACGACGAGUUCGCACGCCUCGCGUCGUCGCAGCAAUGGGUCCCCGGCUCUCAGGAGUACACAAAGGAGCGCACGAUCGCCAUGCGCGAGGAGCUCAAGUUCAGCUUCUUCUCCCUGGCGCUGCCAGCGGCAGGGGGUGGUGAUGAUGAACUCACUCCGCAGCAACUACUAGAAGGAUACCAGCUGCUCUGCGAUGAGGUCCGCAUCCCCCGAGGAGAGUCUGUCCCGGAGUGCAAGAGGGCGCUGAAAGCCACGCUGGUCAACAUAAUUGACCUCUUGAAUGUGCGGAGAACUGGUGGCGCUGUCGAGGUGUGGGACAACUUUGACGCAUUUCGCACGUACACCCUUGCGGACGGCCAACGGAUCGACAAGGAGGAGGCCAAGGCGGCGCCGGGCAUCCUCGCGUCGCUGUUGCAGAAUUUCGGGCGCGGGAGGAAUGUGUGGGUCCUCAUUAGUCCCUAA